CGGAUAGCAAGCGGGCGUAUGCCUACGAGGGAAGCUGCACACUCACGUACUCACCAUAUACACAAUGUCUGGAGCUUCUCGGAUAUCAACUCCUUGCAGUGCAGUGUGGAAGCGGAGUGAAAAACCGACAGUGUCUCUGUUUACCGUUCUUUCCCUUUUGGGCGACGGCCCCACAUUGCACGAUAUGCGUUCAAGUGAAGCCGCUGCACAUGAACAGUGAACUUUCACACGCUCACUGACUUACUCUUCUCUUCACUCGCACUGCACCCGACCUCUACCGUGCACCGGUUUCUUGCGCAAAGGAAUUCAGUACACCAAUCAAGCUCGUUCCCACUGCAAGUAGUUGCACGUCGCAGCUGACAUGAAGCUACUCUACCAUGCUCUUCUCCUCCUUCUCGCCGUGGUCGCAUUCGCUCACGAUCCGACUCACCAAGAUUCGACGUUGAACUCCACCCAACCACAGAUUGGGCCAAGCGAUGUGGUGUAUCGAUAUGCUGAUCUGAUGAAUGGCCCAGAGCCCGAGUCUCGUUACGCGAACCCGUUCCGCCCUGCAGUUGGAGAGGACGACAAGGGCCGCUUGUUGGCGUCGUACCAAAACGUGCCUGUCAUUCGCAUGAGUACUGUCAAACAGCAUGUUGGCGAGUUCGCAGGACAACGACUGUUCAAUAUCAUCCAUGACGCCCUGCUGAAGAUAUGCCCAUAUGAGCGUGGUCGCAUUGGAUGUUAUCCCAACAUGCCUGGCGCAGGCAGGCCGCAGGAUGACAAUACAUUGAAGCAGCCUUACAAGUACUACGACAGGUUCUGGAUUCUGGAUGUCCCCUACAUCAACGACAAGGGCGAUUACGCGACGAAUGCCUGGAUCACUAUUACGGCACAAGCGAUCUUCCGCGAUCAAAAAUAUCCAGGUAUAGCUGCGGCUACAUAUGAGAUGGCUGCAGGUGUCUUUGCACGCGUGACUGAAAUUGAACGUUUCAACACUCUGCUCAACUGUUACAUAGAGGAGUUCAACAAGGACUCCCGGCCUUACACGUUCUGCAACGUCCCUGAACAUGUUCUGGUAGCACUUCCCGCCAACGAUGAUCGGGUCACCGAGUCUUGGUUGAGUGUUACCGUCAAGUUCAAUGGCAUGACUGCCUUUGGUAACUACGACUGCUAUGACAACAUAGGAGGCGUCAAAAACUUUUGGGAUGACACUGUCCUCCCAAACGUUGUUAAGAGCAUGGGCCAGACGAUGGAUGAUUGGGGUACCACAUGCGUAGAGUGCUGGAACGAGAAGGAGCGCUUUGAUGUAGAGACUUGGCGCCACCACCACACGUGUGACUGGCUGGGCUGGCCGAUGAAUGGUUGAUAGAUGCGCGCGCUCGGU